AUGGUUAAAACUUGCGAUGUGUGUAUCGAAGAAACUGAAACAUUAUAUGAUUUGGAAUGUGAACAUAAAUUUUGUCAGACAUGCCUAUAUAAAUUAUUUACCGACCCAACAUAUGUUCUUCCUAUUAGAUGUUGUAAUAAAGAGAUUAAUGUAGAUUUUGUUCUUAAAAUAUUCACACCUGAAGAUUCACAACAAAUAAUUCAAAGAACAGGUAGAGCGUCACAUAAAUUAUUUUGUCCAACACCAGGAUGUGAAAGACCUAUUCAUGUUACUGCUGAAUCGGAAACAUCAGCGUGUCCAGAUUGUGAGAAAGAAAUUUGUGUGAAAUGUAGAUCUCAUACACAUCCUAAUAAAAAAUGUUGGAAUGGAAAAAAUGAAAAAAGAUUUAGAAAGAUCACGGAAAAACGUGGAUGGCGUCAAUGUACGGUGUGUGGAGUUUUUAUUGAAAGGAGAGGAGGAUGUAAAAAUAUUCAUUGUCCUUGUGGAAAUACAUUUUGUUACCAUUGUGGCAAACAAAUUUGCAAGUGUAUAAUUGGUAGAAGUUGGACAAUGUAUUUAAAUUACGCAAUUUUUACACUAGGAUCAUAA